CCGCUCGGUUGCCAAGGUUUCCGGGUCUGUCGUGCGUGGGCACGGAGCAGGAGGGUCGGUGCGCGCGUGUGUCCCCGCCGGUCUCGCGCUCGCAGCGGCAGCGCCCCCGAGCUCCACCAUCGUAAUGGCUUCGGCUGGGGCGGGAAUGACCGAGCGCGAGCGGGACGGCUGCCGGGAGCUGCUGGAGCUGCUCCAGACCAACGACCUGCUGGCGCUCACGGACACCGUGACCAACCGCCUCGUGCAGCCUGACAACCGCCGAGAAGCCAUAAGUGCUAUCUUACUGUACAGCCAAAGUGCUGAAGAGUUGUUGAAGAGAAAGAAGGUGUUUCGAGAGAUAAUCUUCAAGUACUUGGCAACAAAAGGUGUUGUAGUGCCACCUUCUUCUGAAAAGCACCAGCUUAUUGAUCGUGCAAAACAGUACUGGUGUGAUCAGCUAAACAAUUUUGCUUCAGAGCAAAUAUAUACCAAGCCUAACAUACAGAAACCUGAAGAAGGAGGAAAACAGGGAGGAGACAAACAAGAUGAUGACGAUCAGUGCCAUAAUCUGGGAGAGGAAUUUUGUCAGUGGUUCUUCAGAAUUUUGAAUUCUCAGAACCCAUUGACUGGACAGCCACAAGAAGAAUGGGGGCCUCAACACUUUUGGGAUGAUGCAAUACUAAAGUUUUGUUACAACACUUCAGAACAAAACAUAGAAGAGUACUUUGGUGCAGAAUUGGUGAGCCUUCGCUUACUGUCAUUGGUGAAAGAAGAAUACCUCUUCCUGAACCCCAACUUGAAUGCUGGUGGCCUGAGGUGUACAGUUUCACGUCAUGGGUUAGUUGUGGUGGCAGUAGCUGGUACAGUUCAUAGAAAUACUUCUUGUUUGGGUAUCUUUGAACAAAUCUUCGGACUGAUCCGCUGCCCUUUUAGGGAGAAUACAUGGAGAAUCAAGUUCAUGAAACUAAAAAUUCUUGGUCAGAAUGCCCUGGAGCCUGGAACCCAUAUAGAAAGACCUUGCAUAAAAUAUGAGCCAGAAGAACUCCAGGAAUUCUAUGUGUCCAAGGAGCUUACCUUGAUUGAACCUCAAAAAUUCUGAGCAUUCUGUUUGAAAAGAAGGAGGAAAGUGUGUGGGCCUUGAAGAAUACAGCACAUGAGCAUUCUUGAGCAUUCAAUUAUGUUGUUUAGAUCUUAUUUUUGAGUCAGGCAUUAUGAUUUGAUAACAAGCCAAAAUGUUAGACUAGAGAUUUGCAGCUACUGGUGGUUGGGCUUGCUUAUCUGGAAGUAAGGGUAGGCAGAAAAGGUGAGAAGAUGUUCAGGUUCUCUGUCUUGUCACUCCGUCUGCUUUCCCCAAAUGUGAGUUAUUGGGGGUGCAUGUGGAAAGGAGUAAGCACAAAUGAGAAGAAUCCAAAGCUUAUCAAAAAUGCAUAAUCAUUUUGCUUGCUUGUGACAUCAUCAUCUCUUCCAUCAGGUGGUAAGAAGAUGAGUGAAAAUAUAUGUAUGGAAUGCAAAACCAUCUUUUGCCAAAGACUACAUAUUGGUAGCAUAUUAGUUUUCAAAUGAUCUUUUCUUCUACAGUAGCUUUUCCACUACAAAUAGGUGCUAGCAGUGGCAAAGCUAGCACUGAUGCAUUGUGAUUUGUUAGGAAUUAUGUUUCUGUUGAUGGUUCUUAUUUGCACUUGUCAAUAUUUAUUUUUAAGGACACAAAGGUAAAAUUAAAACUGCUCUUGAUUGCAAUUCAGUUAAUAUUUACUCAGUAUAUUUAAAGAGUUAAUUUUAAAUUAUCAGCAUUCCACAAUUCCUAAAGCUCAGGGUUAUACAAAAUUCAUUUUCAUUUUUUAAUUUGUGGAUCGUAUCUGCUGAUAUGUUAGUGAUUUUAUUAAAUGGAACUCAACUUCUGAAAGGAGCUUUAUGCUACAUUAACCCUCUAAAACUGUAACUGCAUCUGUAGUCUUAAGUGGACUGUUCAUUCAUAUGCUCAUUAUUUAGCCAUAGUGAGUGCUGCCACCAUUUUGAAUUUGCAGCCUCCAGUAGGGCUGAUAUGUGUUCUUGUUUGUUGUCCACACUGAGACAGUAUGUUAAUUGGCUUUUAAUUGUGGUUUUAAAAGUCCAGUUAACCUAACAAGUAAUUAUAGAUGGCAGCAUGCACUGCUACAAAUCAGGGUUAAUAAACUCACAACUUGCCACUUUACAUGUGAACCAGGUUAGUAUCUCGCUUUUCUACUGUGAACAAUUCUGUGCAACUGUCCUGUUUCAUAAUAUGUUAUAUAUGCUCACUUCUUUUUGUGGCUAUUUACACAGCGACAGUAUACCUUUAUAAAAAGAUAGAAUGCAGCUGUGAUUUUUGGGACAGGUAUUAUAUCAAACUUCCUUUGCUUUUAUUCGUUUUUGGUUUUUGUUUAAUGCAAGCACCAAUCCUCAAAAUAGUUAAUUUGCAGCGAUUUCCUUACUAUUUGGGAUUACUAUGGAAGAACCAAGUGUUGAAAUACAUUUGGACUUUCAAUUUGACAAUAAAACUUUAACAGAGCAAUCCUGUAGGCUUUAGUCAGUAUUUAAAUGGCCAUAGGAUUGUUUGGAAUCCUAGUUGCUCUGAUCUUGGAGCUGGAGGUUGUGCUCAGAUCCCCCUCCAUUUGCUUUCAGCUGGUGUGGAAAAAUCUACAUCAGCUGCUUCUCUGAAGCUGUAAAAGUGACUUUCUCCUAAACACCAUGGUUAGACAGCUGAAAUCAGCUGUCUAGCUGUCCUGCAGAGCAAGAGAACUGGGGAGAUAACCUAUGCCUCCACACUUGUCCCAAUCUGCAUAGAAUGAUCAUAAUCAUAGCAUGACAGUAAUCUCUGGGUUCAGGGGGUUAUAGGCAUCUCCAUAGAAUAUUGCCUUAAGGGUGGGAAAUGCUGAGUGUUGUAAGACUUCCUAUGUGAACAUGCAUAGGAUUGCUGCCUACAACAUGGAUUUUCCUUAAUUCUUUUAAAUGAACAAGUUGAAAAUCCUAAAGUUCUUGAAAUUAUCUGGGGUGUUCUGCUCUUUAAACAAAAUCCAGACAAAAGCAAAAAACAGCAAUGAUUCUUAACUACACAUGUAAAGCAGAUGUAUAGCUGGAGAAAUUAUAAUAAAAUACUUGCUAAGCAAGAUGGACUUAUUUCAUGAAAGCAUUUGUUGAAGUCAAUAAAUUGGUAGCCCAGGUUUUCUGUUUUUACAAUUCAUUAAUGUUUGUAUUAAUAGUUGACUAUAAGUUUACUUCUACCAGCACUAAGCUAUAUAUUCCCUAAGUGUGUUUAAGAAUUCUGAUUAAACCAAUAUGUAAGGUUUCAGCCUUCUUUCUAACUAUAUAACCUAACAGCUUUUAAUAUAAUAACAUAAUUCAACACAAAGCAUCUUAUCUGUGCAAUAUCAAAACUCAUGGUCACUCAAAAUUGUGUGACUGUACUCUUAGUUAUUCUCCUCUACUGUCUAAUAGGUGAUAAUUACAGUUUGUAUUUCAGCACUGUAUUUCAUUUAUACAUUGGCAAGGGAAAGUAAUCAUUUCUAGACCUUGGUAUGAGUUGGCUUGAAGUACUUCUCAGCAUCAGUAUGUCUUGUAUCUUAAUAACACCUUGCAUUUAUAUCAGACUUUAAAACAGUUAUAUAUUGACUAUA